AUGCUUAUACGGUUGCUGUUUUGUAUUUGGGCGUUUUGGUUCAAAGUAAUAGCAGCUGAAUUCCAACCUAAGGUAACAAGAACAAGUGACUCUACUGUUUUCUAUGUGGCGGCAUUUGAUGAUUCUACAACUCUACUGAGGGUUCAAGAGAAUGGAAUGUUUAUAUCUUUUGACAAUGGAGGCACUUGGCAAGAACCUAAUGGAGCUCCUUCUGGUGUUAUGAUGGUUGACAUUGACGAACAUCACAGACACGAUAGAGCAGUGGCACAAACCAAAGAUGGCCAGUUCUAUCUAACAGAGGAUCAAGGUAAACAUUGGAGAAGUUUGGCAUCACCGAUAGACUCAAAGGAAUACCUUUAUUGUGAUUUAGAUACACAUCCAUUAAGAAGAGAUUAUUUUUUAGUACGCUGUACCAAAUGUCCUGAAAUGGAGAUGGGCUCUUCACAAUUGAUUGAUUUGCAUAAAAGAGAUAGUUUUAUGCCAUCUUGUCAAGAGUUCUCAUACGUUUCUAACAAUGGUGGUAAAGAUUUUAAAAAGAUUGAAUCCCCAAAACAUGAACCUUCACCAGAUACUGAAUACUUGGGAGUAACCUGUGAAUUUGCUUCCAAGUCUGUGGAAUCUACUUUGCCUUCAAGUAGAGAUCUCAUCUACUGUUUUGAUGGUAAAAUGGAUAAGUGGUUUGAUAACGAUUUCACAUUUCAAACUAGUGGUGUUCUUUUCUAUACGGAUGAUUUUGGUAAAUCGAGCAAAGUGGUUGAUCAAUUUAAGGAUUUAACUGUUUCAAAUUUCGAAGUACUAAAUUCUCACAUAUUGGUUUACACUUUAGAAGAUAGAUUCAACAGAUGGUCAGCUUCCAAUUUAUGGGUCUCCAGUGACGGGUUCAAAUUCAGUAAGGCCUUUUUACCAACAAUUCUUAGAGACAUGGAUACUUACGGCACCACAGAAGAUGGAUUGGGACGUAUUAUUCUUCCCCUGUACGUAGAGUCAGAGGAUGACAAUAGAGCAUCACAGAUUUUAAUUUCUGAUUCUUCAGGUUUACAAUUUCGUGUUUUGGAACUGACACCUGAAGAUAAUAUGGAGUUUUCCAUAUUAGAGGCUUCCAAAACAUUGAAGGGCACCAUGUGGGCAGACCUUAUGUCACUUGUAAAAGGUCCACGUUAUAGUGGACAUCCUAGUUUCGAUUUUCAUCAAGUGAGUAAAAUUAGUUUUGAUUACGGUAGCACUUGGUCUAAUUUGAAAGUAGUAGCUUCUCCAAAUCAUCGUAAGGACCUUUUCACUUGUGAUAUUAAUGAUGUAGACCAUUGUUCUUUACACAAGCUUUUCGGUGAUUCUCUACCUACUGAAACUGCUGGCAUUUUAAUGACGUUAGGUACCGUGGGUGAUGGUAGUGAAAAUUCCUGGGAAAAUCUUAUGACUUUUAUCUCUAGAGAUGGUGGCAAAACUUGGGAAGUGGCAUUUGAAUACCCUUGUCAAUUCGCUUUCGGUGAUUUAGGCAACGUUAUUGUAGCCAUGCCAUUCUCUCCGGAUGAAGAUAGCGAUCCUCAGAGUGAAUUUUACUACUCAUUAGAUCAAGGAAAAACUUGGAAAGAGUACCAAUUAGAAGUGCCAAUAAUGCCGACAGAACUAAUAUCUACUACGCCUGACUCGUCGGGUCUCAAUUUUAUCAUUAGCAGUUUCAGUUUGACCCGUGAUAAUGAGACACCCCCAGGAAGCUUCUUUUACACCAUCGAUUUCUCAGAUGCAUUCAAUGGUGAGGUUUGUGGUCCAAAAGAGUUUGAAUCUUGGUAUCUAGCAGGUGGCGAAUGUGUUAAUGGUGCCAAAUACUCAUAUAGUAGGAGGAAACAAAAUUCUCAAUGUUUGGUUCGUAAAUUAUUUGAAGAUUUGGUUUUAACAGAAGAAAUUUGUGACGAAUGUACUGACAAGGAUUACGAGUGCUCCUUUGGUUUUAGCAGAGAUUCCAAUGGCGUUUGUAAGCCUGACUUCAAACCAUUAUCCUUUUCUCCCGAAUGUAUGAAAUCUGGCAAGGACUCAGCAAAAGUGAAGCCAAUGACCAAACUGCCUGGCAACAAAUGCCGUAAAGAAUUAAAAAUAGAACCCCUUGAAGUUCCAUGUACUCAAGGUCAUACAAUCCUUCUUACAGAAAACAAUUUCAAUUCCAAAAUUCAAAUGUAUCAAUAUUUCGACACCAAGCAAGACGAGACCCUAAUCAUUGACACCGCUAGAAACGGCGUCUACAUAUCGCAUGAUUCUGGCCAAAUAGUAAAAAGAUUUGACCCAGGUGAAAACAUAGUGGAAAUCGUUUUCAACACUUAUCACAAUUCAUAUGCAUACUUAUUUGGUGAAAGCGGCAAGCUUUAUGUUACAGCAAACAGAUGUCAAAGUUUUGCAAUUGCUGAACUUCCUCAUUCGAGACAAUUGGGGCUACCUUUAGAGUUUCAUGCUAAGGAUCCUAACACCUUUAUCUAUUACGGUGGUAAAAACUGUAAAGAUAUGUUCAGUCCAUCUUGUCAUCCAGUUGCUUAUAUCACGACGGAUGGUGGAAAGUCUUUCACCAAAUUACUCGAUAAUGCGAUCCAUUGUGAAUUCGCUGGGUCUCUUUUCAAACAUCCUGUUGACGAGAAUUUGAUCUACUGCCAAGUGAAGGAACCUCAAACUAGGAAGAGAACUCUGAUGUCCUCUACUGAUUUAUUCCGUAACGAUAAAAAAGUGGUUUUGGAAAAAAUAAUUGGUUACAUGAACACAGGUGAGUUUAUCGUAGCCGCCGUCCCUUAUGGUGAAAAUGAAUUAAGAGCAUAUGUAACUGUGGAUGGUGCAGAAUUAGCUGAAGCCAAGUUUCCACAGGAUUUGACAGCAACUAAACAAGAAGCAUUCACCGUAUUGGGAUCAGAGACAGGUUCCGUCUUUUUCCACUUGACUACGUUUGAUGAACCAGGUUAUGAAUAUGGUGCACUACUAAAAUCUAAUUCUAAUGGUACUUCUUUUGUCAGGUUACAAUCUGCUGUCAACAGAAACUUAUUUGGUAUGGUAGAUUUCGAAAAGGUGCAAGCGUUAGAGGGCAUUAUUCUUAUUAACGUUGUGGAUAAUUUUGAAAAAGUUGGAACCAAAACGGAGGAAAAAAAACUGAAAUCAAUGAUAACCUUUAAUGAUGGUUCUGACUGGUCGUACAUUAGGGCACCUCCAAAGGAUUCUGAUUCUAACUCCUAUGGUUGUAACACAAAGCAACUGGAAAAAUGCUCCCUACAUUUACAUGGAUAUACAGAAAGAGAAGACGUGAGAGAUACAUCUUUCUCUGGUUCAGCAUUUGGUAUGCUCAUAGGUAUUGGUAAUGUUGGUGAGUAUUUACUUCCAGAGGAUCAAUGCUCCACUUUCUUCAGUAGAGACGGUGGUGAAACUUGGCGUGAAAUCAAGAAGGGCGCCUAUCAAUGGGAAUUUGGUGAUCAUGGUGGCGUUAUCGUUCUAGUCCCAAAGAAUAGCCUGACCGACAGAAUCUUUUACUCUAUCGAUAUGGGCGAGACUUGGUCGGAUUACAUUCUACAAGGUGCGAAGGUUUAUAUUCAAGACAUAGUAACGGUUCCCGGUGAUUCUGCCUUAAGAUUCCUUCUAAUCGCUUCCUCUUCUUCUGUGACUGGUGGCUCUACAAAAACAUUCACUGUAGACUUCUCUAACGUGUUCGAAAGGCAAUGUUCUCUUAACCCAGAUAGACCUGAUAAUGAAGAUUUCAAAUUUUUUUCACUGGGCCAGUCUGAUUCGAAAUGUUUGUUUGGUCACCAAGAAAGAUAUCUCAUGAAAGAUAAUUACGAUUGCUUUGUUGGUAAUGCACCUCUUUCUGAAUUCCGUGAAAUUACCAAGAACUGUUCUUGUACCAGAGCUGACUUUGAAUGUGAUUAUAAUUAUGUCAAGGCACGGGAUGGAACUUGUACGUUGGUAGAAGGUUUGAGUCCAGCAGGCCCCUCCGAUAUUUGCAAAAAACAGCCCGAAUUGAUAGAGUAUUUCCAACCAACCGGUUACAGAAAGAUCCCACUUUCAACAUGUGUUGGCGGCUUGACACUUGAUGGUGUGUUAUCGCCUUUACCUUGUCCAGGUAAGGAGAAGGAAUUUAAAGAAUUACAUGGUGUCAAAAGUGCCCCUUAUUUCUUUACAUUCUUAGUGUUUUUCCUCGUAUUGCUUGUCAUUGCAUGGUUUGUCUACGACCGUGGGGUUAGAAGAAACGGUGGAUUUGCCAGAUUUGGUGAAAUUAGACUUGAUGGUGAUGACUUGAUCGAAAACAAUAAUACAGAUAAAAUGGUCAAUUCGAUUGUAAAAUCAGGAUUCUAUGCUGCUUCCGCAAUCUUUUCAAGUUACCAGCUCCUGAAACGUUCUAUGGGCCGUGCUGUUUGGAAGUUGAGUGAGAAAUUUGGCAGAAGGAGUGGUCCAACUUACUCUUCACUACUCCAUGAUCAAUUUUUGGAUGAAGCUGAUGACUUGUUGACAGGUCAUGAUGAAGAUGCCAAUGAUCUCGGCAGCUUCCUAGCAGAACAAGGAAAUUUUGAAAUUGAAGAUGAAGAUAAUGAAUUACCCCCACUACGUGCACCAUUUACAGAUGAACCACAUAUGGAAUCUACAGAAACAGCAGAACCUGUGGAACCUGUGGAACCUGUGGAACCUGUGGAAUCUGCAGAACCAACAGAAACAGCAGAACCCUCAUCAUCCCCACCACAAGAGAACUAUAAUGAUGAACACCACGACAAUAAAGAUGACGAACAAGAUUUAGGAGCACAGUAA